UAUUGGGUGUUGCGGUUUCAAUAGAGCUUGUGUCAUUUAUGGUGGCAAAGUGUAAUCUUAUUUGGUGUAACUUAAUUAUUUCAUAAAUUUAGCUUAAAUACAAAAAUCGAUAACUUUCGUUAAAUUAUCUCACAUUCAUCCAGUUUUACUAUGCUCUUGGGUUGAAUAACGAUUGUUUUUCCAUAACAUAUUUAACUAUGGAAGAUCUUCCGAAUUAUUUUGACGUUAUAGUUGUUGGGACAGGAAUGCCAGAAUGUAUUGUUGCUGCUGCUGCUGCUAGAGUUGGCAAAAAAGUAUUGCAUCUUGAUAGGAAUGGAUAUUAUGGAGGUGACUGGGCAAGUUUUAGCUAUGAUAAAUUUUUAGAAUGGAUAAAUGAAGUGCAGUCACCUAACCAACCUUGUCAAACUCCACUUGAUUUAAUUGCUACACUUGCAUCUUUUCUAAGAGAAGAAGAGACGCUACAUACAUGCCCUCUGAGAUCUAGAACUAUAACAAACUUGGUCUUUAAAUCUUUUGUGAAUGAUUCACCUGAUCCUCCCUCUACAUCUGAGGGUGCGAGCUCAGGUGAUUCUCAACUGGACCAUGCAAGUAAAUGUGAAACAAGAAAUGAAGAAGGUACUGUGUCUCCUGCAAAAUCUGACUCUACUGAAAAAUCUGUGGAACAAGUUGGUGAGAGCAAUGGCACUGAUUCAAAUGAUGCCUGUCCUGAACCUGAUCAAGAUGUUUUACUGCAACAUGAAUGGACUACAAGUGAAUUUAUGGAAAAUAGAAGAAAAUUUAAUAUUGAUUUAGCACCUAAGAUUAUGUUCUCAAAAGGCUCUCUAGUAGAAUUACUGAUCUCUUCUAACAUUGCUCGUUAUUCUGAAUUUCAAUGUGUUACUAGAGUAUUAACUUACAUCAAUGGCCAAAUACAACAGGUUCCAUGUUCCAGAGCAGAUGUUUUUAGCACAAAAACUGUCUCUGUUGUAGAAAAGAGGAUGUUGAUGAAGUUCUUAAGUUUUUGUUUGAAAUUCGAAAGUGAAACUGCAGAAUUUCAAGGUUAUGAAGAUAAGCCUUUUAUUGAGUUUCUUAGGUCUAAAAAGUUAACUUCAAAUGUUGAACAUCAUGUUAUUCAUGCCAUUGCUAUGGUAGAUGAAACAUGCUCUACUCUCAAAGGUCUUCAAGCAACUCAAAAGUUUCUUCAGUCAUUAGGAAAGUAUGGUAAAACACCAUUCAUCUGCACAUGUUAUGGAAGUGCAGAACUACCUCAAUGCUUUUGUCGAUUGUGUGCUGUAUAUGAAGGCAUGUAUUAUCUUAAAAGAAAAGUAGAUGGUGUGCUAUUUGAUAAAGAUAAUAAAUGCUGUGGUAUUGUUACCAUGGGACAAAGAAUUGGUUGUGAGUGGCUUGUAAUGGAAUCAAGUUAUGCUCCAAUUGAGCUUAUCCCACAAGUUUUACCUCAAAGGAUAUCUCGAGCUAUAUUGAUAACAGAUGCUUCUUUACAUCCAUCUGAAAAUAAAGAGAAUACUUUAUUAAGAAUUCCACCACAGACUGGAGUAAAAAGCCCUAUUACUGUUUUAGAAUUUGGAUCCAAAAACUACGUUUGUCCUGAAGAUUUAUAUCUCGUUUAUAUGAUUUGCCGUUCUUCAAAUGCAACUGCUGAGGAAGAUCUUAAAAGUACAGUUGAACUGUUAUUUUCAAAUGGAAAUAAAGAUACUUCUGAAGAUGAGCAGGAGGAAAAACCCAAUGUUCUGUGCAGUGUUUAUUUUAACCAGUGGGAUACUUCAACUGUUAAUUUAAAUGAAGAUCUUCCGUCAGGAUUUUUUUUAACUUCAUCCCCUGAUCUAGAGUUAGAUUAUGAGUAUGCUGUGAAAGAGGCUCAUGAUAUUUUUACAGCAAUAUGCCCUGAUGAAGAAUUUUUGCCACGUGCCCCUGAUCCAGAAGAUAUCCUCAUUGAAAUGCAUAACAAUCCUGGGGAUGAAGGAGAAGGUGGUAAUAUAGAAAAUGAUGUAAAUAAUCUUGAGGAUGAUGCUAAUGCACAUGAUGAACAAAAUGCAAUUAAUGAUGAAGUCAAAGAACAAAAUGCACAAGAACCACCAGAAAUGAGAUCUGAGGAAAAUAAGUAGUAGCCUUUCCUAAUUGUCUGUAAUUGAUCUUUUCAUUUUAUCAUAUGACAAGAGAAAACAUUUGCAGAAAAACAUUUUAAAUUUUGAAAAUAAUAUAAAUGUGCUUCUUAUUCUUAAAACUGUAUAUUAUAUUUAUUGUUUUACCAGCUCAAGGAUAAUUCAGGUGCUGUCCGAUGUCCAAAUCUGGUUUAUCCAAACUUUGUAUUGGAAUUUUAGUUUUUAAAAGACGAGUUUUGAAACAGCAUUGCAGUAAAUGAAACUGUUUUGUACUUACCCUUUAACUGCCACAGCUUAUAUAUAUAAAUGUAAUAUUUGUGAAAUAUAUGUGCUAAUUGCACCAAAUGUAUAUAUUCAGAACAUUUAAAAUCAAGUGGCUCUGCAAUGAGAAUUGUGUAAGAUUUUGUUGGCGGUUAAGGGAUUAACUACAAUUGAUAUUGCUAUUAAUUUUCUUUUUUCUCUCUCUUUUCAAAAAAUAUUGUUAAUGGUUAAUAAUGAAACUGGUCAUACUUUAAUUAUAGUCAAUUAAUUUUAUAUUAUCAAUUUUUUCAAUAUUAAUCAUAAAAGAACAUUUUAAAAAUUUUAUAGUAUUUAGAAGCACUAAUUAUUCAUUAUUUCCCUUGAGCAGUGAAAUACAAUAAUGAGUUUAAUGUAAAUGUGUAUUUCAUCACUUAAAUAGUUGCAAUUAUAUAAAUUUUAUAUAAGAACAAAUAUUUAAUUUAUCAUUUUGAUGAUAUAUUCCUUUGUAUAUAUUGCUGUCAAUGAAUACCUAAGCAUUGUAGAAAUAGAAUAACUUGCUUUUGAUUUGUGGAUCUGUUUUGUCUAAUUUUUUUAAAUAAUAUAACUUUAAUGUUGAUAUAAAUGGCACACUUCUGUAUUUUUAAUUAAAUUUGAAUUUGAAAUAUAUAUUAAUAUAUAACCAAACAUCCAUUUUCUUCUUUAAUGUAAAUAUUUUUAAUUAGAAUAUCUGUGGCUAAUUGGAGCAUGCUUAUAUCAGGCACUUACUGAUUCUCAUGACAGAAUGAAUUAUUGAUUGAAAUUUGUAGUAGUUAUCCAUUUCAACUCGCAUAAAUACCUUUAAAGGUAUUAGUUCUUGUGGAAAUGAAGAAUUCCAUUGAAUGAAACACUUAAAAGGUUGUUUUUUUUUUAAUCGAACUUCAACUCAAAGAUGAAUUACAUUGGCUAAUAAUUUUAUUAAAUUAAUGCAAUCAACAAGAUGAAUUUUUAAAAUUAUUUAACUUGUUCUAAGUUGUAAUUCCAAAUGAGGAGUAUAACAAGACUGAUAAGAAAAUAUGUUUUAAAAAAAUCUUCUUAUGAAGAAGAAGAAUAUUUUGUUCAUUUUCAAGAGAAAUUCUGCUUUAAAGGAUUAAAAAAGAAUAGCUAGUUUUAAAAUCAUUUUAAAAUUAUAAAAAUAAAAGAAUUGUAUAAUUAUUUUUCAAUGCAUUUAUGAAAUUACUUGGAGUAAAUGUGUUAGAUCUAUAAUGUAAAAAUGAUCUUACAUGUUAGGGAUAAAGUGGUAGAUUACAGACAAGAAAAUAUGUGUUAUUUCUUAUGACUGAAAGUGCAAAACAAUGAAAUUUGUGUACAAUAUAGCAUUUUUGUAAUAUUAGCAUAUACUUUUGCAGUAUUACAAAAUAAUCAUGUUUUUUUAUUUUUUAUGAAAGAUAAAUUUCCAUUUAUUGUAGCUGUUGCAUUAUGAUAAAUGAAAGGAACAAUAUUAACUGCAUAUCAUGUCUGAUUACUAUUAAAAAUCAUUGAUUUUAGAAAUCACUAUAUUGUGAAGAAACAUGUCAGUGUUUAAAAAAUUCUUUCUAGCAUAUUAUUCAAAAUAAAUUUUAAUUAAAAUGCAUCUUUUUCUUGUUAAUGAGUUGUAUUAAUCUAAUUAAUAUUUCUUGAAAUGCUUUUAAUGUUACUGAAAUUGAUACAAAUUAACUUGACUAAUUUGAAUGCUUUGAUUUGAAUUUGCCUGCAUUUAAUUUUUUUUCUCUAAUCCAUGGAAUUUCUAUUAACUAACAUAAUAAUGAAAUAUUAUUCAGAACACAAUUUCUAUUUUAUUAAUUCAAAAUAAAACUGAAAAGGGUAAAUAAUUGUUUUUAUUUCUGAAUUGAUUUAUAAGUUAAAUAUAUCUAUAUUUUCAGUCAUUAAAUAUAUGAUUUUUUUAAAGCUCCAAAUUGUGUUGAGGAUUUAAAUGCUGUACAUAACAUUAAUUGAGACAGCAAAUAAAAAAGCUAUAAUGUUAAAGAAAUAUUUUUUUAAGCACAUUGGAUAUGAUUUUUUUCUGUUUAUUUUAAAGUUUUAGACUACUAUUGCAUUUAAGGUUCUGUGUAUUGUUUACUUUUUUUAAAUUAUUUAUUUAUUGAAAUUAUUUUUGAAUUUCUUACAGUUUUUAAUUAUAAUUAUUCUUAUGUUAUUUAUUAAAAUUGCUUAUUUUUUUACUAUGAAUUGCAUAUUAUUUGUUUAAAACUGCAAAAUAUUAAAACUAAAUUACUACAUUUGCUGUCUUCUUUUUUAGACCAUAUUUUUCAUGAUACAAAAUUUUUGAAUGGAUUGAUUUUUAUUCUCCUUGUGUCUCCCUUCAGUUUUAAAUUAAUCAAGCUCCAUUGUAUAUUAAUUAUUUAUUACAUGAUCUUCUUUUAAUUCAGAACUCUUUAUAAUGAAUGCUUUUUUUUUCUCGAAUUAACAAUGGUUAUUCAAUUAUAUAUGUAGUAUUACUAUGUAUAGUCUAAACAAUAGCUUUUUAUUUUGUAAUUGAAUUUUUAUCAUUUCUUUUAAAAUGCAGGAAAGCGAAUUGUGAUUGAAAAUUGUUGAUUUUCUAUAUUGCCCGGGGGGUAGGGGGUGGGAUUAGAAGAUAUAUUGGCAAGAUUUUGAGUAAAUUAAAUGGUAUGAUAUUCCAUAUCAUCAUUUAAUAGUUUAUUUUAGUGAAAAGUUCAUAUUUUUGGAAGAUCCUUCAUAAAAGAUAGCUUCUAUAAUCAUGAUUAUGCAUUAGAAUGACUAUUUUAUAUUGAUAUAAGUUUUUGAGUGAUAAUGAGCAGCUUUGUUAUUACAGAAUGUUGGUGCAAUUUUUUUUAUCAUAUUUUGUGAAUGAUGUGCCUAACUUUCCAUUGGCGCACAAUCAGCAAAUUCUAGCAAAUAUUAUACUUUCAGCAGUAUAACUCUUUGUGAUUCCUCUGCUGUGAAAUCCAUAUCUAUUUGAAAUGCUGAUCUUUAUUACAUUAUUUUUUCUAUUCAUAAUGUCAGAUCCAUAAAUUUUAAAAAUGGACUACACAAAUUCGGUUUGUUAAUAUAUAAAAAUAUUUAUCACUAUACGCUUUCCAAUUAACAGGUAAAAUGCUACGAAAUUUUAAAAGUUUUACAGUAUUUGAAUAAUGGAUAAUUGUAUAUCUGAUUGCAUUUAGUUGUUAUUAUGUGAUUAUAAAUUUUUUUAAAAAAAUAUUUAUCUUGAAUUAUUUUUUGACAAUGCAUUAUUUAUUUCCAUAUUUUUAAAUUAUGGGAUUGUACCGUGCUAGUAAAAACAUACUUAUUAUUAAAAUAAAUAUUACUGUGUAAUUAUUUCAUUUUCAAAAGGUGAAGUCACUAAAGAUUAAAUAGAUAAAAUUGUUUGUACAUCUUAUAAUCUGAUAUUUAACCAAACUUAAAUGUUUUUGUAUAUUUUGCUAUAAAUAAUCUUGCAGAUUAAAAUUUAUAUCAAAUACUUUCUUAAAAUUCUACAAAGGAAUUCUUUACUAGGUUGUGUUAUAAAUAAGAUUUUAUUAUUAAUAAUAAUAAUAAUUCUGACUAUAUGUAGUUUUAAUUAUUUUUAUGAAUUAAAAGCAGGAAUAGGUUAUCAUGUCAUUUUUGAAAAAAAUUAAUGUGGAAUGACAUAAUUAGUUGAUAUUCAGUGUUUUCAUUCGUCUUAAAAUUUUUCUUAUAUAUUUAAUAUUUUUGAGAUUAUUAUUUCUUAAGAGCUUUUGAUUUUAUGGAAAUAAAGAUAAUAUGAUUUAAUAUUAAUAAGAUUAAUUAAUUUAAUAUGAUUAAGAAUAUCACUGAAAUAUUACAUGUCUAUAAUCUGUAAAUUUCUGUUUUAUUUUAAUGUAUGUCUUUAUGUUUGGCUGCUUUUUUUUAAAUAUAUUUUUUUCUAUCAAAUGAAUUUUAUCAUCAUUUUCCCUUGCUUUGAAGUUAGUUACUAAGUAAACCAAAGGCUGUGAUUGUUGGUUGUCUUGAAAAGUACAUACUCUGAUAGUUCUGUUAUUUGUAAUGACAUAGAAUAGUUGAUUUUACUUUGCUGCUGUAUUAUAAAAUUUUGUGUAAGUUAUUUUCAAUAUUCAAUACAUUCAUGCUUUACCAUCAUUUUUUGGAAUAUGUAAUUUUUUUGCCUAUAAAGCUGUGAUUUUCUAGUGAUUUGUUAAUUUAGCAUGUGAACUUAAUCUUGUCUGUAAUGAUAUAUUUUUUAUAUUGAAUAAAAAUGAAGAUAUCUUC